GACUCAGAAGAGCAUAUGCUGCUCAGACUCAGAAGCUGCUGUUGACCAUGGUAAAGCACCGAUACCCGCAGUUCUACUGCUGCUAUCUCUUGCAGUCCUCUAAAAAGAUCAACAGUUUCUACAUCGGGUCCACGCCUCUCCCGUUGCGCCGACUACGACAGCACAACGGCGAGAUUGCGAAUGGAGCCUACAAAACCAAGCGUGGAGACAAACGGCCGUGGGAAAUGAUCUGCAUCGUCUCCGGUUUCCCAUCCAAAAUCAGCGCGCUGCAGUUUGAACACGCGUGGCAACAUCCUCACCGGACUCGACACAUCUCAUCUGACGCCCGGCUGUCGAAGAAUCGCCAAAUAGGCCGGCUGCCAAAGAUCUUGGGGAACCUUCGUCUACUGCUCAGUUCACGCUCGCUCUGUCGCUGGCCGUUGAAGUUCCAUAUUUUUAACGAGGACGUGCGCAAGACGUGGUAUGCAAACAGACAUAAAUUGUCAGAGAUACCGGAGCAUGUGCUUGUGUCUGUGGAACUACGGACGGCGGAGGGGAUUGCGAAAGAUGCCGCAGCGAGAAAGAACGAUGAGAGCUCUGCGACGGAUCAAGCGUCACAGAUACCAGUUUCACAGUCGCAGAGGACAAAUGUACAUGAGGGGGAUGGUUUAGGAGGCGUCAGAGGACUUCGAAUCUCAAACGAGAUAUAUAAUCCUUACUUCGACGCUUCGACUAAAACGUCCCACCCGUCACUCUGCGGGAUCUGCUCAGAGCCAAUACCCGAAACCACCGACCCCUCUAAUCAUUUACAAUACCUCGUCUGCUCCAGCACCUCCUGUCUACAAACCUACCACACGACCUGCCUGGCAGAAGCGUUUCUCACCGCUUCGCCCUCUGCAGGGGAUGAAAGUCAUGUCUUGCCGACGAGCGGUAAGUGUGCGAGCUGCGACAGUGUUCUUAAUUGGGGACUGCUGAUGCGUAAUGCGUAUUGGCGCGCAGAUGGGCAGAAUGUGGGGAGGGGUGGUGCUGGUAGGGUGGAUGAGGAUGAUGAAGACGGGCUGGGCGAUGGAAUCGAUCUGGGUUUAGAUGACGCCGAGAUAUUUGCUUCCAGUGAAUCCGAGACUGAACUCGAAGCUGCGACUGCAAAGAAAACAAAGACGAAAGCGAAAUCCUCUCGCGCGAAAUCAGCAAAGACAACAAAGACGAAGCGAUCAAAGAAAGCGAGCAAGAACUCUGCUCCCACGCCAGCCGGAGCUGAAACUCUUUCAUCUAAUAGCCUGCCGGUGGCAUUGAUCAGCAGUGAUGCCGACCUCAGCUCGGAUUUGGACGAUAGCGAUGCAGUGUCUGGCUAGAUUACUGACUUGGUACGGAAUUGACUCAGCAUCUUGCUGGGAGUCGUCAACGAUACCACACGCGAGGCUCGCCUGAAUCGUACUACCCCAGCAUUUUCCCUAACGAGUGUAUAUAUAUUGAUUGGUUUUUG